AUGGGAUGUAUAAAAUCCAAAAGAAAAGAGAAUCUUCAUGGAGAUGGGCUAGAUAUAAAGACCCAACCAGUACGUAAAACUGAAAGAACUAUUUAUGUGAGGGAUCCAACGUCCAAUAAACAUCAAAGGCCACCAAAAGCAGAUGCACUUUUACCAGGUCAGAGAUUCAUUACAGAAGAGGAGAAGGAUCUUCGGCCCAUUGUAGUAGCCUUAUACGCUUACGACGGUCUUCAUGAAGAUGAUUUGUCUUUCAAGAAAGGAGAGAAAAUGACAGUUCUUGAGGAGCAUGGAGAAUGGUGGAAAGCUAAAUCCCUCACGACCAAGAAGGAAGGGUUUAUCCCCAGCAACUAUGUUGCGAAGGUCAACACCUUAGAAACAGAAGAAUGGUUUUUUAAAGAUAUAACCAGGAAAGAUGCAGAAAGGCAACUUCUAGCACCAGGAAAUAGUCCUGGAGCUUUCCUUAUCAGAGAGAGUGAAACAUUAAAAGGUAGCUACUCUCUGUCCAUCAGGGACAUUGACAGUCAACACUGUGAUGUUGUCAAGCACUACAAAAUCAGAAGUCUAGACAAUGGAGGAUAUUACAUCUCCCCAAGAAUUACCUUUCCCUCCAUCAGUGACAUGAUCAAACAUUAUCAAAAGCAGGCAGAUGGUUUAUGUCGAAAGCUGGAGAAAACAUGCAUUAGUCCCAAGCCACAGAAACCAUGGGACAAAGAUGCCUGGGAGAUCCCUCGGGACUCAAUUAAAUUAGUCAAAAAGCUUGGAGCAGGUCAAUUUGGAGAAGUCUGGAUGGGGUACUACAAUAGCAAUACCAAAGUUGCAGUUAAAACUCUGAAGCCUGGUACUAUGUCUGCGCAAGCUUUCAUGGAAGAAGCCAAUCUAAUGAAAUCACUUCAGCAUGACAAGCUAGUUAGACUGUAUGCUGUAGUCACCAAAGAAGAACCUAUUUAUAUAAUAACAGAAUACAUGACAAAAGGUAGCUUGCUGGAUUUUCUAAAGAGUGCAGAGGGUGGAAAAGUACUGCUUCCAAAGCUUAUUGACUUCUCAGCUCAGAUUGCAGAGGGCAUGGCAUAUAUAGAAAGGAAAAACUACAUACAUCGGGAUUUGAGAGCAGCCAACGUUCUAGUUUCAGAAUCACUGAUGUGCAAAAUUGCUGAUUUUGGACUAGCCAGAGUAAUUGAAGAUAAUGAAUAUACAGCCAGGGAAGGUGCAAAAUUCCCUAUCAAAUGGACAGCACCAGAAGCCAUUAACUAUGGUUCAUUUACUAUUAAGUCUGAUGUGUGGUCCUUUGGAGUUCUUCUAUAUGAAAUCAUUACAUAUGGAAAAAUUCCUUACCCAGGCAUGAGUAAUUCUGAUGUAAUGGUAGCUCUUCAGCGGGGUUACCGUAUGCCACGCAUGGAUGCCUGCCCAACUGAGCUCUAUGACAUCAUGAAAACUUGCUGGAAAGAUAAAGCAGAAGAAAGACCAACAUUUGAAUAUUUACAGAGUGUGCUUGAUGACUUCUACACAGCUACAGAAGGACAAUACCAACAGCAGCCAUAAGAAAAAGACUCUCCUGUCCCUCAUCGACAAUCUUGGGAUACGAAAAUGAGGUUGGGGCAGUUACUUUGGAUAUAUUGGAACACCCUUAUCACUUGUGGUUCCUGAAACUAAA